CUCUGCAUCCAUCCAGCGACUGAGAGAUUCUCCUGUUUCUAAUUCUAAGGAUUUCAAGAGUCCUAGCUCCGUAUUGUCCUGGAAAGGAAGAAAAAAUGGCAACCAAAGUGGCACUCCUGGUCGUCUCAGCUCUAAUUGCUGUGGCUGCAGCCUAUCCGUGGGACCCUAUAGCGGACGCCGCUGCUCUCGAUGAAGGGGCGAAGGCGGCUAAUGUCGUUCCCUGCUUCUGCGUGGAGGAUGAGACGUCGGGAGCUAAGACGUGUAUACCAGACAAUUGUGAUGCUUCCCGCGGAACUAACCCGUGACCGCUCAGCAGCAAAUGCUAAAGAAACAUUCAGACUCAAAUGUAGCUAGUUUAGUAUUGGGUAGAAUCGCACAUUUUCUCAGUGAUCGUUUGUCGUUCAGCGUUCGCGCUUGCAUGUUUCGCCACGAGCGGACACAACAUUUCCGCGUGCUUUUAGCGCGAGGAUUAGCGAU